AUACAAUGAACGAAAUAGAACAUAAACUACAUGUACCGCGACUCCUCACAUCCUUGUUUAUAUCAUGACGUCAUCAAAGUGCGCCACUAUUCAACAUAAACUCAACACAAACGCUUGCGGAACAAUAGUUUGGGUACUUUUGUGUCGAACAUAGCCUGUGAUUGGACGAGGGAGGUCACAUGGCUGGCUCCGCGGUUGUCAGCGGUCGAGACCGGCCUGCAUCCAGGACCAGCUUCAUCACUGAGAUACAGGGCAUGAUGUUUGCUCUGGGAGACACUCGUCGACCCUUGCAUGAAACGGCAGCCCUGGUGGAGGACAUUGUCCAUACACAGCUCAUCACCAUGCUCCAUCAGGCCAGCGAGGGGGCGACGCUACGUGGGUCAAGAGUCAUCGCCGUUGAGGAUAUCCUCUUCCUGAUGAGGAGAGACAAGAGAAAAGUAUCCAGGCUAUUGAAGUAUCUCCAGUUCAGAGAUUACAAAUCCAAACUUCUUAAGACGCUGGAGGACGAAGACACACAGCCGGACUCAGGUUCCCUUGCCGGGGGUAACCAGCGGAGGCAGCGCUUGGCCCAGGACUACUUGGUGUGGCUGGACCACACGGGGGAGCUUCUGUCGCUGACUGAGAGACAGGAAAUGGACCCCAUCAAGCAAGAGAGGAUGGAGCGUGUUGAGCGUAACACACGAGCAAUGGACCAGGCACAGUACUCGGAAUUCUGUGAGAGUCGACAGCUCAGCUUUGCCAAGAAAGCGUCCAAGUUUCGGGACUGGCUGGACUGCAGCAGCCUGGAGUUGAAACCGAACAGUGUUGCCAUGGAGAUCCUGUCCUACCUGGCCUAUGAGACCAUCGCUCAGAUUGUGGAUCUGUCUCUGCUGGUGAAGCAGGAAAUGGUGGCAAAGAUCAAUCCUGUCAGUCAUGUGAUCUCCGCCAGCCAGAUCCACUACAACACACACACCGAGGUUAAAAAGGAAACAGACUCCCCUGAAGCCACUCCCCCCUCCACACCAGGCUCCUCCCACUCCUCCAAACCCCUCCUCCAAGGUAACGGCAGUCUGGAUGGUCGAGUACGGCAGCGGAAACGCAAGAAGACAUGUCCGGUCGGAACGGCGGAACAUUCCAGCGGCGCCAUCCUGCCUUGUCACAUUCGAGAAGCCAUCAGACGAUACCACUACAGACACACGAGUGCCUACAGGAGGAGUGGGAUGGUCUUCCUCGCCUGCUGAUGGUGUUUGACUGAAGCCUCACGCCCCCUGGUGGUAUAAGUUAGUUCCUACAACAGUUAGCAUUGCUCAAAUAAACUUUAUUCAUUCAUUCAUUUUCUACCGCUUAUCUUCACGAGUGUCGCGGGGGGUGCUGGAGCCUAUCCCA